AUGCAGAACGAAUUUCCGCGUGUGUCUAUUCAUGUUGAAAUACGGGCUAGGAAGAAGCUUCGACGCGGAUUCCUUCACGAAGUGCACCCAGGACGCUGCAAGGGAAACGCUAACUGUUCAAAUGCCGCGGAAGAAUUUUGCCUUCGCAUCUGCGGAGACAAGAUUCACGUACAAUUCUGUAUGUGUCGCACUAGCGAUUUCAACCAAGAAAGCGUCUUAGGGGAAGUUGCGUCUUCAACUGCAACAAGACUGCGAAAGGAACCCGAGAAAAGCCUUUACUCUGCUAAGGCAGUACAGGAGCAAGAUGAGGAGGUGUUCGCCUGUCCUGAACACUGCCAACGGAGUCACUGUCGGGGAGGCAACCGUGCCCAUUUGGAGGGAGCACUUUGA